AUGUUCGAUCUUCUUCCUAAAGACUUGCUUAUAGAAGUGCUAUCAAGCUCUCCAGUGAAAUUACUCCUGAAGUGCAGGUGCGUUUGUAAAGCUUGGGACUCUAUAAUCACAGAUCCUUUAUUCAUAUCAAAGCACCUUAAGAAAAGCACAGAAAGAAACCGAUUUAUCAUGUAUUGUGCUGACGGAGGGACUGAACAUUAUUUGCUAUACACAAAAGAGUCUUUCCCUGGAAAACCUGUUGAGGAAUUCGAUUGCCCAUGGACGAGCUUGAGCCAUCUUGUUAAUAUAGUGGGUUCUUGUAAUGGGGUUUUAUGCCUAUCUGAUGAUAUUCGUGGCGUGUACCCUAAUAGAGUUGCUUUAUGGAACCCCAGCGUUCGAAAGAUUGUUACAAUACCUUGUCCUGAAGUUAAGCUUAAUGCAGAUGGAGAAUUCUGUUAUUACUCACUUGGGUUUGGUUUUGAUUCCAAAUCUGAUGAUUAUAAAUUUGUGAGAAUAGUGUAUAUGGCAGAUAAUGUCCGCAUUUUUAGUCCCCCUUUGGUUGAGAUAUACAGUUCGAAAAACAGGUAUUGGAGAAAUGAUGUUGAAUAUGAUCUGAAAUCUUCCAUCCGACCGUUCACAAGCGCUGCUUUUGUGAAUGGAGCUUGUCAUUGGGUUGCCUCUAAGCCGGGGAACGGGGGUGGUGAACAGGAAGUUAUUGUGUCGUUUGAUUUGGGAGAGGAAGUUUUUAGGGAAAUGGAGAUACCAAAUUGCUUGGUUAACAAAUAUGUCUUCAUGGAUGUUGCAGUAUUUGAUGGGUCACUUUUACUGGUUGCUUUUGUUAAAGAGAUUGGGCUUGAACGUUCGUUUUCAGUUUGGAGGAUCGCUGAAAAUGGUGUUUCAGGGUCAUGGACCUGGACCAAACUUUUUAGUACUUCACAUCUGGAAGGAAUAGGAAGGUUUGUUGCAUUUAGGCAAAAUGAGGAGGUUCUGUUGGAAAGAAUAAGUGGACUGCUAGUUCUGUACGACUUUAAAACAGAAGAAAUCUCUGACACAGGGAUUUCAGGCAAAGCCGACUACUCCUAUUUUGAUAUUUUUGUGGAUAGUCUAGUUUUAAUGGCCAAAUUGGAGGUGGAUGCAUCUAGCUCUAGUUCACGGAUGGUAAUUGACAAAGCAAGUGGACAAUCAAAAGAAGCAUAG